CUUUUGUACUUUGUACUUUGUACUUGGAGAAAGCUGACCAAAGGAACUCCUAAGAGAUUUCCUGAGACUUGAUUGCUUCAACUCCACUGAGCAUCUUUACAAGCAGCAGUAUUCAGAAUGGAGAUGGUAGAUACCUGCCAUUUUUCCCCAUCUGAAUUCUUCUAUGACAGCUCUUGCAUUCCUUCUCCAGAGGAGGGAUAUACAGAAGACUAUGAGCAUGGCAUGUCUCUCUAUGGAGCUCACAAAAAGGAUCUUCAAGAAUCCGAUGAAGAUGAGCAUGUAAGAGCACCCAUUGGUCACCACCAAGCAGGUAACUGUUUGAUGUGGGCUUGUAAAGCCUGCAAAAGAAAAUCUUCCACUAUGGACAGAAGGAAGGCUGCCACCAUGAGAGAAAGGAGAAGGCUUAAGAAAGUAAACCAGGCUUUUGAAACUCUCAAAAGAUGCACCACUACAAACCCCAAUCAGAGACUGCCAAAGGUGGAGAUCCUAAGAAACGCAAUUAAAUAUAUAGAGAGCCUCCAAGACCUACUGCAAGAACAGGUAGAAAACUACUACAGUCUCCCAGGACAGAGCUGCACCGAACCAGGAAGCCCGACAUCCAGCUGCUCAGAUGGCAUGACUGACUGCAGCAGCCCACAAUGGUCUGGAAGGAACAGCAGCUUUGAUAAUGUUUAUUGCUCCGAUUUACAGACAAGUUUUUCAUCAACCAAACUGACACUGUCCAGCCUUGACUGCUUAUCUAGUAUUGUGGAUCGGAUCUCCUCUUCUGAGCAAUGCUCCCUCCCUAUUCCAGACUCUCUCUCCCUGUCUCCUACCAGUAGCACUGACUCCUUUCCACGAUCACCUGACAUGCCCGAUUGCCGACCAAUCUACCAUGUACUAUAAACCUCUGUUAAUUCCAUUAACAUAUACUUACUAAAUAUUAUGACUUAAUCCAAAACAUUUCCUUGCAACCAGCAAAUCGGCGUAUAAGGACUUAUGUUAUUAUUUGUAUAGAUAUGUAUAUAAAGAAAUAAUUUUGUUAUUUUUUAAAUGCCUAAAUUAUAUUUCUACUUGGCUACAUUUUGUAUUUAACGUUAAUAACCAAGCCUACAGCAAGAAAUCCCAAUUGCUAUUGUGUUAAUAAACAUGCUGUUUUUUUCUUUCUAUGAAA